GGCCGGCUCAUCCGUCCGCCGGCUGCGCGCUUUCCCGCUCCCGCUGCAGGCUCUGGUGCCCCCGCCGCCUCCGUCUCCGCCGCGCACCCGUCGAGCCGCAAGAUGACCAACAUCGUGCUGUUCAGCGGCAGCUCUCACCAGGACCUGUCCCAGCGGGUGGCCGACCGGCUGGGCCUGGAGCUGGGCAAGGUGGUCACCAAGAAGUUCAGCAACCAGGAGACCAGCGUGGAGAUCGGUGAAAGCGUGAGAGGGGAAGAUGUGUACAUCAUCCAGAGCGGCUGCGGGGAGAUCAACGACAACCUGAUGGAGCUCCUCAUCAUGAUCAACGCCUGCAAGAUCGCGUCGUCCUCCCGGGUGACCGCCGUGAUCCCGUGCUUCCCCUACGCCCGCCAGGAUAAGAAGGACCGGAGUCGCGCUCCGAUUUCUGCGAAACUUGUGGCCAAUAUGCUGUCGGUCGCUGGCGCAGACCACAUCAUCACCAUGGACCUGCACGCCUCUCAGAUCCAGGGGUUCUUUGACAUCCCUGUGGAUAACUUGUAUGCGGAGCCCGCGGUCCUGCAGUGGAUUCGGGAGAACAUCGCGGAUUGGCGGAACUGUAUCAUCGUGUCCCCGGAUGCGGGCGGAGCCAAAAGGGUCACAUCAAUAGCGGACAGGUUGAACGUGGAAUUUGCUUUGAUCCACAAGGAGAGGAAGAAGGCGAACGAAGUGGACCGGAUGGUGUUGGUGGGCGACGUGAAGAACCGCGUGGCCAUCCUCGUGGAUGACAUGGCCGACACGUGUGGCACCAUCUGCCACGCUGCUGACAAGCUGAUCUCGGCAGGAGCCACCAAAGUUUAUGCCAUCCUUACCCAUGGGAUCUUCUCUGGGCCGGCUAUUUCCAGAAUAAAUAGCGCCGCCUUUGAGGCCGUUGUGGUCACAAACACAAUCCCUCAAGAGGACAAAAUGAUUCACUGCUCCAAGAUCCAGGUUAUUGACAUUUCCAUGAUCUUGGCCGAGGCCAUCCGCAGGACCCACAAUGGUGAAUCCGUGUCUUACCUGUUCAGCCACGUCCCGCUGUAAACCCAGACGGCAGCGCGGAGCGAGCCUGCUGGCUUCUGACGAGUGUGUUUUUACCUGAUUCUUAGCUUUAGGACUCAGCAGUUAGAACGCAAGACAUCAGAUCUUUGUACCCCCCCCCCAAGACCCACUGCUUCCUCCUCUGUACCUCGAGACCGUUUCUUUCCAGAUUGGGGUGAGGGCGGGGGUAAUUGAUCUGUGCACUGUCAUAGAGCAGAAAUAUUCCUGUCAUCUUGACUUGUUCUCACAGGUGACAUUUUCCUUUGUCCUGUCAAUAGUUUCAGGCCACAACUUUCAAGUGUAUAAUUCCAACGUGUGGAAGUUCAUAAUUUAUAUAUUUCCGGGUUUGCCAGCGAUAUCGUUAGGAUAAAGACUUCUAUGCAGGCAUACAGUGAUAAUGCUUAUGGUCAUUCGGGUAUAGAAUGAGCCCUUUUAAGAAUACUUUAGAAAAUGUCUAAUACGGUGAUUUUUUUUUUUUUUUGUUAUUGUGCUUAAUUGGGACCAAAUUUUAUGUCGUUGAAGAUGGCCAGUUACUGUUGCCACUUCUGAAAAACAUGUAACGGUCACAUUUUAGAAAUGUCAUGUUCUCAAAUUCCAGAAGGAUGGUCAGUGGUCCAUCGGAUGUAGAACCCGUUGUUGAGAGAGUGUCUGUGCUCACGGUCACAGCCACGCUUGCCUCUGUCCAGCCCAGACGGAUGGUUCUUUGGGCAUCUCUUGUCCUGUCAUCGUCUUGUCUUAGGUGACAUUUUUAGCUCUAGCUUUUACUUGGCCUUUUUCCCAAUAAUUUCCCCCAAAACAAAACUGUUUAAAGCCCCCUCAAAUGGACGAAUCAGAUCAUCAUUUUGCUUUUGGCCUAAAUAAAAAGGUAGAUUUGGGCGAGUUACACCAAAUGCCUAUUUCCACGUCAUUCGUUGUGAUUUUUGAAUGUUCUUUUGUUGUUCCUAGUCAGAAGCAGCAAGUCUAGGCAACUGAUUAUUUCAGCUAAAGCCACUACAUGAAAAAGGGGGGCAAGAAAGACCCCCGCAAAAGGUACCAAUACGUAAGCUUUAGUUCCUGCAUUGAGAUGAUAUUCAAAUGGGGGCCCAGGAAUGGCGGUGGAGGGAAGAUUGCUUGCUCCCCAAGAUGGCCCUUCAUGACAUCCUCCUACGUGAGGCGCCUCCCCGACUCUGCGGAAGGCAUGCUUGUCUCUUUGUGAAUUUCAUUGCGUGCCCAUUGGUGUGCAAUCAACUGGAUUCUCCAACCCCGGAAGAGGAGAACUUGCCCACAUAGAAUAAUAAGCAGCAGUCUUCCCCCUUCCUCUGCUGAAUCUUAAAACUGGGAAAUUGGAAUCAAUUGUUUAAAUUCUGCGGGGUGCAGACGUGAAACGUAUUGAAGCCAUUAGCCAGUAGAGCAGUCUUUAAGGCCUCGAGCUUCAUUGCAGCAGAGGUGGGAUGGAGGUGAAAGAGUAUCAUUUUGGUCAUUGCAGAAACUAGCAUUUUUUUUGCACCUUUAAAUGUUUUGGGAGGGGCAGUGACAUAGCUUGGGAAAGCCAGCUAUGGGCUACAGAUGCCUGUCUCUAAAAAGAGCCGACUUGAGAGAUGUAAAGAGUUUAUGUAGAUGCUAUGUAGUUUUAAUUUUUGAUAAAUGAGUGAUACCUGCAUUUCUUGGAAUCUCUACGCAUAGAGAAGUGAAAAUGUAGUUACGAACAUGCGUAUGUAGACAGCUUGGAAUACAAGUGUGGACAUGUUGACAUGGCUAAAACCAGUUGAUUUGAAGGCAAUCGUUUUAUCUAACGUUGAUAGUAACAUAGAGUUAAUUUUCAAAUAGUGAUCUGAAGAUUAAAACAUGAUAGAAAAUCUCUUGUAAUUCUCUGAACUAGGAACUGAUUGUUUGUUACAUGCUUUAGCACCACGUGUGUGUGUGUGUGGAAGUGCUUCUGAUACAUUGAUUAGCUCAUUAGACUAGACUAGGCCACAUACAGUGGCGGUGUGGACAUGAGCUAUUUGGUUUCAGUUCACCCCAGCACUCGCUUUUUUUGCUGCUGGUGCAGAAGCAUUGAAGUGAAAACACUGGGGAGGUGGGUCCUGCCCAGCCCUGCAAAAGUGGAGGCUGCCUUGGUGUACAUCCAGCCAAAAAGGGGGGCAGAGAAAUGUGAACAUACCAGAACCGCUCAGCCUCCAACUUCAUCUCUAUUCAUACGCUAACUCAUGAGAACUGUCCUUCGUUAGGUGAGAUGUAGCUAGAUGGGGCACAUAUCACUUGCAGUGUUUGGCUUGGUUUAGAACAUGCGAUUUGAAGAUCUUCCAACGCUGUACUGAAACAUUUCAAUAAAGUCCUACUUCUCCUUU